AUGAAUAGAAAGGCAACCAAACCAUCGGCGGACACCAACACGAGCCCGCUGGAGUUCCAAGCUCCUCCGAUCGAUCUUCGCCGCCAUCAGCAGCAGCCCACGAUCAUGUCGUCCCUCAGCGUGUCCCCGCAGGUCUUCCACUCCCAUGAAUUCGACUCGGCAGGCGAAACGGAAGACUCGUGGCAAUACCUGGACUCACAGUACGCCAGUGGCUGCUCUAACCCAAGCUCACUCUACUUUCUCAACAGUCCCGGCGGCAGCCUCCAGAGCUUCAUUCAUGUCCCCAGCCGCCCCCCGUCCGCUUCCGCUCCUGGCUCCGGUGCCGGGUCGCCUAUGGCCAGCCGGCUUUCGCCACCCUACCAUGUUCAUCCUCCUCCGAGUGCGGGCUCGUUCCGGGGUCAAGCAGAGACCCCACCGAUAUCGUAUAAUCUCCAUCCUGGCGAUGGUGCUGCUGCCUACGCCUUCCCCGCAGACACUGCCACAGCGCCGCCGAUGCCCAUGUCGACGGCUCCAGCGGUCACGGUGAACGGAGAUGUCGGCAUGACAAUGGCCCUUGACUAUAUGCCAGUCAUGCCUGCCGAUCAGAUGGCGACUCUUCUUCACUCUGGGUUCUUCAGCGCCAUGCAGCAGGAGCAGUUUGACAUGGCUAGCUUCCCUUUGCAAUUCCACCCCUACCCCAUCGCGGCAGACUUGUCGUACCAGGCAGCACAACAAUCACCAAUACACCAACCGCAGGAUCAACAGCACAUUCAACAACCGGACAGCUCGCCGUCAACCCAGGAUCCGACCCUCAACUUUCAACAGGGCUUCCAUCCCGGUGAUCAUCCCGUACGGCCAGCAUGGACGCCCAGCGAGUCACAACAACAGAAGACGCAGGAGACCUCUUUGGCCAAGGCGCCCGGUGCAUCCACUACCCGCCGUUUCGUCAUCCACGAGAGCCACUACUCCAAAGACCCUAGUCUUCCACGGCCAUCUCCCAGCUCCAGUGCCCCAUCGGUUGUUGCCCGCCGCGAUCAUAAUCGCUCAAACGCAGCCUCCAGCCGGAAGGCCAAACCAAUGGGAGUGCAAAAAUCCAAGAAGGAUGUUGACAAGACAUCCUUCUUCGUCUUCACCGCUGAGCAAGUCAAUAUUGCUACUGCUGCUGGCCGCUCAAACUGCUUCGAUGGAGGCAUACACACUACGCAGCGGGGCCGCAAGGGCCCCCUUGCCACAUCUACGAAGGAAGCCGCACUCAAAGUCCGUAUAAAGGGUGCUUGCUUCUGCUGUAAGAGCCGGAAGGUCAAGUGUGAUGCAGAUGGCGACUGUAGGAAUUGCAGGAAACUCAGGACCGGCACUCCGCAGCUUGUCUGCUGGCGUUUUCCCGAGUUUAUCCCCGUACUCUUUCCCGAGUUCAUGCGAACCCAUCUUCGAAGGGACGAGAUGGCCGAGUUCAUAAGAGAGCAUGUGGGCAUGUCGUCUCGCUCGUCAGAAUCGUAUCAAAUUGAGCUACACUCUGGCGAUCGCUUCCAAACAACCCUGGUGCUCAAGGCACUAACCUUCCAGCCAAGGGACGACGACGCCCAUCACGGCUGGCAUUCGAAGAUCAACAAGGAUGAGGUCCAGCUGCACAAGCAGGACUCAGUGCCACUGCUGUUGGAUCUGGAGACCGACUCACAGAAGGAGGCCGUCAAAAGGAAGAUCAGUACUUACAUUUCGUCUUUAUCAACAGAGAAACAUUAUGCCAAGCAAAUUACAGAGGAGCUGGGUGAUAUAGCUCUUCCCGGAAAAAUACUCAACUUGGUUCAAGGUUAUGCCAGGAAAACAGACUCCAAAAUGGUCAAGAAGGCGCUUUCCAUAUGCACGGCGCAUUAUGUCUUGAUGCACCAGCUGCUCUUCCGCAACAAGGACGCCCUUCGCUGCUCCACGCUCAGUAUGCCCGAUGGUGAGCAUCCAACCGCGGUUGUCCUUAACCGACAGCUCAAGGCCCUCAUCGAUGAACAACUCGCGCGUGAAGUGUCCGACUUGUUCCGCAUAUUCAACACGUCGUUGAAGCCGAGAUCAAAACUUGAGUGGACGCCUUGCCUGGCUGCUUUCCUGGUGGUCUGUCUCUUUAUGGAGGACAUGGAGCGUGCGACCGACAUGUUUGUCCUCUCGAAGAACGAGAUAAGCAUACGAGCUGGCAAGCAACGGCUCUAUACGCGCAGGCAGGUGCUCGAGGUCAACGAGCAGGUCGAGAAGAUGCCCUUUCAGCAGUUCAUGUGGCAAUUUCACCACAUUUAUCAAACGCAUAGCAAAGAACAUGGUUCAAAAGCAUUCAACCCGCUACUAGAUGACGCUUCGUUGGCGACGGCUGCCACCGACGGCGGCGUGGCUGCGGCCGAAUUGAUUGGGGGGUUACGAGGUUUGGUAGGACCGGAUUGGAACGAACUUCACGACCUGGUCAAGGACCCGAUAUUGCCAAUGUCAGAGACGGAGGAGCAUCCGUGGCCAAGAAAUGUUGCUGUCAACUACUGUGGACGGCUGGCGGCGAGGUUCCUGAUGUCCUUCAAAAGCGAAGAGCACAUAUUUGGUGGUAUGCCGAAGCAGGGCUGUGUGCCAUUACCGAGUGCGGCUGUGCGAGAAUGGGUGAACAGCCAGCAGCGGGACAUGAUGGAUCUCAGUGCAGCGUAA